AUUAGAUAAUAAGAAUUUUAUUCUAAUUGAUUUGUUGGAUAAUCGAAUAAAGAAAAGAAUUGAACGCAUUGAAGGUAAAGGAGAAGAAGAUACAAUUAUUGUUGUGCUCAAACAAUGUUGCCAUAAUUAUUAUCAAUGCUCAAUUGCUCGACCAUCUGUUAGAAAUAGGAAUGAGAAAUUAUCGGCAUUUCCUCAUCACAAACAUAAUAAUCUUAUUUUUUCUUCUGUGCGGCAUUUUAGUGAUUUUGUAAUAAUUUUUUGGUUUAUAUUAAAUUUUCAUAAAAGUUUGCAUAUUUAUGAGAAAAUAUAUAAUAUUUUCAUCUUAGGUACACACCUUACUUAUAGUAAGAAUUCUAAAGCAAGCGACAAGCAUUGCAUAUCAAGCAUUGCUUCUCGUAUACUAAUGGAUGAAUCGCAGAAAUUGUGCGUGGAAAAGAAUAAUGAUGACGAUGAACUCAAAGCUAAAGAAAAAAUCAUUCAGAGACGAGAAGCGAGACGUAGAAAUAUUUUGCAAAAUGCUAAAAGUCGUUUAGGAAGAUUGAAUGGACGCGUGUUGACGGCCAAUAGUGGAGGCGAUCAACGCUCUUAUGGAACAGUUGCAGAUGAAAGGUACGAAUAUUCCGAUCCAGAAGUAGAACCUGAUAUUAAUUUAAUUGGACGUUCAAAUACUUAUGAACAUGCUAAUCAUUUCGAUGAGAGCAUGCUAAGAACAUUAAUUAACGAUAGCGCAACAAGGACGUCAACGCAGCGACGACGAAAUCGUUUCUUAAAAUACCGUUUACAUAUUAUUGUUUGUGCUUUAUUCUCACUUAUUAUUACGACUUUAAGGCCGGCCAGUUCAUCGUAUGGUUUCAGUAUAUUCACACUUUCCGGUCUAUGCAUUAUUACCGAUUUCGUGUUUCUCCGGGAACAGGAUCGUCAACCUCCUAUUAUGGAAAUACUGAUGACUUUAUGCGGCAUAAAAGCAACUCACGCCAGCGUUAUUUUGCACAUAUUUGCAAUAGUUCAAAGUUUAUUGGUUGAUUUAGGUGUGUUUGUAUUUAGCUUUUGUACAUUUUCAUGCAUUUUAGUUCUCCUUAACGAGCAAUACACUGACUUAAUUCUAAUCAAAUAAAUUUAUUACUUCCUAUGGAAAUCAAAAAAA